AUUUGAUGCAUCAUGGUUCAGGUUUGUGACCGGUGCAGGCUAAAACGGGUCAAAUGUGACGGGCGACAACCGAAGUGUGGCAGGUGUGACCGCGCAGGCGUUGAAUGCACCACAUCGGCCCAGCUGCGUCGAAAAACCACUCCUCGAGGGUAUGUUGAGCCCACACGGGAAACUACCCAACAGCUCAGGGAUGAGCUGCAAAAGGCCCGCGAUCAAGUACGCGGUGUAUCGGCGCAGGCGGAGGAGUUGCGGGCUACCGUCGCCCGCCAGAAUGAGGAACUAGAACGCCUGAAACAUCUACAUUCAAAUAUAAACAGUGUUCCAUCAUCCCACAAAUGUUCCUCCCAAGAUCCUGUGGUCGGGCACCUAGGACGGCUGGUCCUUGGGGACAGUAAUGCGGAAUUCUUUGCAGGGUCCACGACCGGCGUGCAUUUCAUAUUAUCAGCCCAACAGCAGUAUCAAAGACGCUUCCAAUCUUCUGGCCAUUUUCCUGAAGGUGUGUUUCGUCUACAUGUUCUGAGAGUGUGUCAGGGGAGGGCUCGAAUACGUCUGAGCGAGCCUGACCCGCAGGUUUUGAAUUUUCCAGAUUUCGAAUAUGACUUCCUCUUUCAACAAGAUAUUACCUCUUUUAAGUCCAUAUUUGACCGGUUCAAACAUUGUUGGGGUACGCUGUAUCCGGUCCUCCUGCCAAAGCAAUUUUUCGCAGCUCUAGACCAACUUUUUCAGGGUAUACGAGCGUCUUCCGACGUCUCAUUCUUACUUCAAACAUAUGCAUUGCUCGCCCUUGAUGCGUCCAGCCAUCAUAGUCCUGAUUCAGAUGUCUUACAUCACACCUUGACACAGUCACAAUACGACAGGAUAUUGAGUGACCUCUUUGGACGAAUGCCAAGUCGCGGUGAUCUCACGACCCUCCAGGCACUCUUACUCUAUCUGCUUUACCUACAGAUCACAUCGCAGCAUUCCUUAGGCUUGCGCAUUUGUGGGAUGGCGGUCAGGCUCGCCCAGUCGCUUGGCCUUCAUCGUCAUUCAAGACGCUUUCGCCAUGUUCAGGGUGAAACAGAGCUGCGUAAGCGGCUAUGGUGGUGUGUGUAUAUACUUGACGUGCAAUCAAGUGUAUUGUUCGGUCUACCACGGACCGUUCAGCAUGCUGACGUCGACGUCGACCUACCUAUCAAUGCUGAUUUCGAUGAUCUGCACUGUGAGCAACUGUCCUAUCCCCUUCCCGGGGAGACAACUCGUGUAGAGCCAUUCAUUCACUACAUCCAACUCUCUCAAUUAUUGUCUCGCUGUUUGCAGCAGAUGUACACAACGACGGACCGACGUGGUGCGAUUGGAAAGAUCCAGCGUCUCCAGCGAGAGCUAGAUGUGUGGGGGCAGAAUGUUCUGGCUUCCCAGUCAGAUAUUGCCCUGAUGGAAGACAUAGGAAAGAAUGACCUUGGAGAGAUGUCCGGAUACAUCUCGCUAUGGCUUUCCUUACUGGCACAGUUCACCAGCGUCCUCAUUCAUCGCCCCGCCUUGACCUUUGACCCCGAGGAGCCACAAUUUAGCGAGAGCCUCGAUGUCUGCGUGGAGUCAGCAACGCAGAUUAUCGCUUGCUUCCAUAAUGGAAGUGGUCACCACCUCUUGCCUCAAAUGUGGCCGUCUGGGUAUCACCUUGUAUUUCAAAGUGCCCUAAUGCUGCUCUACAAUUGCUGGGUUAGAGGGCCGCAAGACGCUUCUACAUCACAGUCAUCGAUGAACCUUGCCACUUCAUUAAACCCAAUGAAACUCGUUGGAACCGCUAUAGAGCUUCUCAAUCCCCAGCCAACAACUGCCGACAACAUAGCUUCAACACCAGGAAAUUUGAAUUCGGGACUGUCGCCAGAGGCGAUAACCGAGUUAAGCCAGACAUCUUCCUUUCUUCAACACUUGUACGAUCAGUCUCUACGGGCCGACUUGAGAACCAUUGAACUACCGCCGCCUUCGGCCCAGUUACCUGGUAUGCCUAUCCUGCAUUCCAUUCUCGCCAGUUCGCCAGCGCAAACACCUCGCUCCUUCGACUAUUCCAGCAUGCUGGACCCGAUGAACAUAGCGACGGCUACGUGGGCCCCCUUUUCAAUUGGCGAGGUGAAUCAGAUGGAGCCAUUUGAAUUCACAGAUUCAUUUCUAGUACCAUGGGGGGACUGAUUGGAUCUAUGCUCUGACCUGCCUAUGAAAAAGGUAACAUGUAAACAUGAUGCUGCUUUUUGGUCAUCCUGGAUCAUCCCUGGUUCACUCCAGGGUCGCUCUUCCCCUGCUCCCUGAAACAACUUGUAUAGUAGAGAGAUUUGAGUGAUGUCUGAAUUUGACCCAAAAGGGAUAAAUACCGUACUGUAACGACAAUACAACCUUCCCCGCGUUGCUUUGAAGCGUAUCAGAUUCAGACAAAUGAUGGGACAAAGCCUUGUAUACUUCAUGGGUAUAGAUUCUUAAUGAAUUAAUCCGUUGCAAG